CGUCCCUUCAGCCAUGGGAGUCUAGUCACAUCCGUACACACAGCGGGAGGUUGAGCUGAUGUCUGCCUUGAGCUUUUGUGCUUUGUUGGUGUACAAUACUGCAAGCUUUGCACCAUCGUCAUGCAGAAGUACGAGAAACUUGAGAAAAUUGGCGAAGGUACCUAUGGCACAGUUUUUAAGGCUAAGAACAGAGAGACUCAUGAAAUUGUAGCAUUGAAGAGAGUUCGGCUGGAUGAUGAUGAUGAGGGUGUUCCAAGCUCUGCCCUCCGGGAAAUCUGUCUUUUGAAGGAACUAAAACACAAAAACAUUGUCAGGUUACAUGAUGUGCUUCACAGUGAUAAGAAACUUACAUUAGUCUUUGAAUACUGUGAUCAGGAUCUGAAAAAGUACUUUGACAGUUGUAACGGAGACCUAGAUCCUGAAAUUGUAAAGUCAUUUAUGUACCAGUUGUUGAAAGGUCUCGCGUUCUGUCAUAGUCGCAAUGUACUACACAGAGACCUAAAGCCUCAAAACCUGCUUAUUAACAGGAACGGAGAACUCAAGUUAGCUGAUUUUGGUUUGGCACGGGCCUUUGGGAUUCCAGUCAGAUGCUACUCAGCUGAGGUGGUGACCCUUUGGUACCGCCCUCCUGAUGUACUUUUCGGGGCAAAACUCUACUCUACCUCCAUUGACAUGUGGUCCGCUGGCUGUAUCUUUGCAGAAUUAGCUAAUGCUGGGCGGCCGUUGUUUCCCGGAAAUGACGUGGAUGAUCAGCUGAAGAGAAUCUUCCGAUUACUAGGAACUCCAACAGAGGAACAGUGGCCAAAUAUGACAAAGCUACCAGAUUAUAAGCCUUACCCUAUGUAUCCUGCAACAACAUCAUUGGUUAAUGUAGUUCCAAAAUUGAGUGCGACUGGAAGGGAUCUGCUACAGAACCUGUUGAAGUGCAAUCCAGCACAUCGGACGUCAGCAGAAGAUGCUCUUCAGCAUCCAUAUUUUGCAGACUUCUGCCUACCUUAGAGGAACUUAAACUCCAUACAUGUCUCUGGCAUUUGCUGUACCACCAUUUAUCAUUUUUUCUUGAAAUGCUUAGAGAAUCCCAGGGUUUGUUUCCGUUUGAGGUCUGAUUAGAGGCAUUUGACGACUUCAAUGUCAGUACCUAAAAGGAUCUUUUGGAGGAAUCCACUAAAGUAAUUUGCACGUUGUGCCGUGUCCAUAUUGACAAUGUAGCACUUGAGAGGAUCCAUGUGUGUCAUCUUUUUGAGACAUUCAUUCAUCGAACUACUGUAAACCAUAGAUUUGGGAAUGUCAGUAUCAUUGCAGUUUGUAGAAAGGUGAUCUACCUCCCGAACUGGUGGAGAGCUGCUUUCUGUUGAAUUGCUCUAUGGCAUGUUGCUGUUAAUUGUAUUGUAAAUAGUCAAGUCAUUCGUCAGAUUGAAGUACACAUUGCCAGCAUUGUUUUUUUAAUUUUUAAUGUGAGGUUAUGUGAAGCAGAUGUGUUAUAGCUUUUCACUGAGAUGACCCCCAUUUUUAUUUUAUCUUGCUGUCUAGCUGUGAGGCCAAAUAUCAGCUGCAGGUAGGGCUACGUUUGAGAUUUUAUGUACAGAAUGAGCCAUGUGACCCCCUGUUAGGGGAAAAAAAGCCUUUUUAUUAUACAUAGUAGGUACUUGACUGGCAAAGUUUGAAAAAAAAUUUGGAACUUAAUUCCCAGUCUUUCCUGACACAGUAAACUGAACUCAGCAGUUGUCA